AUGCCUGUUGGAGGACAGGUCGAACCCAUAAAGAAUCAAUCCCAAAUUCAAUAUCAUAUACUACGUCACCCACAUCCCUUGAUUGUCUGCGACAACAACAACGAUACGAUUUUAUUUAAUUUUACCUGUUCUUUCUGCAAGCUACCCAUCAAUGGAAGUCGAAUCUACGUUUGCCUUGACUGCAAGUGCUUGCUCGACGAAUCAUGUGCCGAGUGGCCUUCACAGAUCCAACAUCCUUUCCACCGACAACACCCACUCACCCUGCUUGACCAACGUUGGAAUACGUUUUCGAGGCAGUGUAGAGCUUGUGGGAAGGUGCUCGAGAAGGGCAUUCUCUUCAAAUGUGAUGAGUGUCGUGUUAAAAAUGACCAAUGUGAGGAUUCCAGUCAGUGCAGCGCUUGUGGGAAAUUCCUGGCAGAGGGCUUUUCCUUCAACUGUUCUGAGUGUAAUUUCAGCCUGGACCCAUUGUGCGCUUCGUUGAUACCAUUGCCGUCGUCUACCCAAAAUUCUCAAGGCAGCAGCAGCGAUGAUAAGUUCCAGAUUCAACAGUUAAGCCAUCCCCACCCUUUGAUUCUUUGUGAGAAGAAAAAGGAUUAUCGUAUAUCUUGCAAUGCUUGCCAGCUUCACUUUGAGGAUGAUGAUUCUAUUGUCUACAUCUGUCUUGAAUGCAAGUUUUUUCUGCACAAAUCUUGUGCGGAUUUGCCUCUGCAGGUAAAACGCUCAUUUUGCCACCACCAACACACACUCACCCUGCUCCAAUAUUCACUUGGUCUGUUGUACGAGAAUAUUGGCAAUGCAAAUGGAUUCAGCGGUAAAUUUAAGUGCCAUGCGUGUCAAGUAUAUGCUUCAGGCUUUGCCUAUGUAUGUACCAAGUGUGCAAUCUUCUUUGACAUUACAUGCCCAAUUUCAAAACCCUUCCUCAUCAGCUCUCAACUUCACCACCAGCACCCUCUUGCUUUCUUCGCCGCCAUACCCUACGUGCUCUAUUGCAACGCUUGUAAUCGGCGAAUCUGCACCUAUUUUUUCCGCUGUGUGGGGUGCGAAUUCAAUCUCCAUGUCGAUUGUGUAACAACAUUGCCACCAACUGUCAAAGAUAAACAUCAUAUGCAUCCCCUCACUCUCACCAACUCUCCCAUCAAAGACCAUCCAGAUGAAAAUGAAUUCUCGGAAUUCUACUGCGAUUCUUGUGAGAAAAGAAGGGAGUUAUAUGAUCCUACCUACUAUUGUGAAGAAUGCCACUACGUUGCUCAUGUUCAUUGUCAGCUCUCUGAGAUAUUUCCCAUACUAGAGGAGCAGUUCUUGCCUUGCAAACUUGGUGAGACAAAAUUGGAGAUGCCAGCAAGUGUGUGUGAAGAUGGUACUGGUAUAGGGACUUGCAAGGAUUUGAUGAUACAAGAGAUCCUGGGGAAAGAGCGUGACGAGAUGGAGAGUGAAAAGCGUUUUCGUGGACCAUAUGGAGAGGUUUUUUCAGAUGUUGCUACAGACGAUGAAACGGAAGGGGCAAGAACUACUGAACAAUCUUCUCUCACUGAACUAGAUGAGGUAGAGUGGCUAACUACAAGAUUAAAGGCAGCAAGGAAAAGAUUGAAAGAACUAGAGGAGAGGCGUGCUCAGUAUGUUGCGUCUCUAUUGCUCAAUUCUGGGGAUAAUUAGUGAAUGUUUAGUGAAGCACUGAUUUGGAAGAGCAACACAUCAGCAAUUAGCAUCAGCGCUGACACACAGAAACACACAGAAAAACCCCCUAUAUAUAUAUAAUGCUAUAAUAACUUGUUUGGUGUCUCAACUAUGUUAGUUAUUUAGUAUAUUUAAAUUAUCUUAAGCUUAAACAUCUUUAGAUUUUAUUAUGUAAGUAAAGCUUUAAAACUAUCUAUCUAAAUGAGUGUUGCUAUUUGUUACUUUCUCUGACCCUGGAGAACUGCACUGCACCUGUUCGAUUUUUGAGUUGAUUUUCAUAGAGGCUGGCUUGGGUUGCUUUAGUUUUGCUCAAACAGAAUUUGAUGUUAGCUGUAAUUUCAACCUAUGAACGAGCAAUUUUCCCAUCCAAUUAAGAAAAUAGUGGGCAAAUGGAAAGCUCCAGAUUAGAAUGUAUACAUGGUCAUUUUUUGAUGGACCAAAUUUAGAAGGAAAAUUCUAUUCUACUAAAAUUUUCAUACAAAUUCACUUAAUUAGAAUGAUGUUGCAGGAAAUUUUUUUUGAAAUUUAGAAUCAUCUUGGUGGGGUUUUUUUUCUUUUAAAUGAUAAUUUCACAAUUCAA